AUUGUGCCGCCGUUUUCUAAGUCCUGUCACUGCUUGGCUGCUGUUCGACGCUGUCUGCCCUCACGACUUUCAAUCACAGAAACUCCUUCAGCAAGGCUCUCUGACUUUACCCCAAGAUGGAUUUCUCGCAAUUUAACUCUGCCGAGCAGGCGCACAUGAGCCGUAUCAUCGAGAAGAAGCAGAUGCAGGAUUUUAUGCGGAUGUACUCGAAACUGGUGGACAGAUGUUUCAACGCGUGCUGUAAUGACUUCACCAGCAAGGCAUUGUCAUCAAAAGAGGAGCAAUGUGUCCUGAACUGCACGGACAAGUUCCUAAAACACUCGGAGCGGGUAGGAGCGCGAUUCGCGGAGCAGAAUGCAGAUAUGAUGAACGGGCAGCAAUAAUCGCAAUUGUCAGUGCCUGUGACCUAGCCAUACUUGUACUAUCACCCUUAAUCACAUCCCGCAACUCUCUGCUCCAUAAUCUGGAUACCGUGGUCUGAGCCUUCGCCAGUGGUGUCCCUAGGUAUGUUAGUGGAACUGAUGAUACGUCCG